AUGGUGUGCACGGGACCUGAUAUUGCACAAGCAGUGGGAGUUUUAAGUCGAUUUAUGUCUAAUUCUAGCAAGAAGCAUUGGAGUGCUGUAAAAAGGGUUCUUAGAUAUCUACAUGGGACCUCAAAUUUAGCAUUAUGUUAUAGGGGCAUGGCGAUUGGGGAUGAGCUAGAUGUAAUAGGACUUGUGUAUGCUGAUUGGGGAGGUGAUCUCGAUAGUAUGCGUUCUACAAGUACAUAUGUAUUCUCUUUAUUUGGUGCCAUUGUUUGUUGGAUGAGCAAAAGACAGAGUACUGCGGCUUUGUCAUCGACUGAGGCAGAAUACGUGGCACUAACACAUGCUGGCAAGGAAGCUAUGUGGCUUUGA